CGGAGGAGGAGGAGGAAGAGGAGGAGGAAGAAGAGAGGCAGGGGGAUGGUCGGCCUGCUGCUGCUUCCCCUCAACUUCCGCUGCUGCGUGUCUGCUCCUCAGCGCGUUUUCUGCUGCUCCUCACCAGGGGCUUUAAUUAAUGGGCUCACUUCGUAACAUGUGGUGUCUCUGGCAGUGAAACAGCGUAAAAAGCAGCGGAGAGGAGAGGAGACCGUUGGGAAGCGCUGAGGUCCAGUGACGCUGCGCUCCGACGCCUUUAAGACCAUUUACUGCACUCUGAGGCUCCAUGUCCACCCGAGUGUCAGCCAUGAGUGUUCUUCCUCCUGUGCGAAGGGACCGCAUCAUUGCUCAGCUCCCUCAGUGUUAUAGGAGCGAGGCAGCGCUUCACACAAAAGACGACUUCAGCAACAAAGUGAAGACGGCCUGCCAGGAGCAACGGACCGGCACUGUGGGCAGGUAUAAAAUUUCCAAGGUCAUCAUUGUUGGUGACUUGGCUGUGGGGAAAACGUGCCUGAUUAAUAGAUUCUGCAAAGAGGCUUUUGAUAAAAACUACAAGGCAACAAUCGGUGUGGACUUUGAGAUGGAGCGCUUUGAGGUGCUGGGUGUUCCCUACAGCCUCCAGCUGUGGGACACUGCAGGCCAAGAGAGGUUUAAAUGCAUCGCCUCUACAUACUACAGAGGAGCCCAGGUUGUGAUCAUUGUGUUCGAUGUGAACGAUGUGGCCUCUUUGGACCACGUAAGGCAGUGGCUUGAAGAUGCCUUGAAAGAGAACGACCCCACCGCCGUCCAGCUGUUCCUUGUUGGCACAAAGAAAGACCUGAGUUCUCCUGCUCACUUCGCUCAGAUUGAACAAGACGCCAUCAAAAUAGCACAAGAGAUGAGAGCAGAGUACUGGGCAGUUUCAUCGCUGACAGGAGAAAACGUCAGAGAGUUUUUCUUCCGAGUUACAUCGCUGGCUUUCGAGACCAACGUCCUCGCCGAGUUGGAGAAAAGCGGAUCGCGGCAAAUCGGCAACGUCAUCAAGAUUAACAGCCCUUCAAACAACGCAUGCUCUACGUCGAAAAAGAAGCAGCCAGCCUGCUGUCAGUGAGGACGAGAUCAGACUCCAUGGUCUACAUGGUGACAGGUUUUUUUGGACUUCUACGGUCAACGCGGGAGGAAGGAGUCAUGUUUGAGCUCAGUUUUCCUGGCCUGUAAUGUGCAGUCCUCUGUGGGAUGUGGAUUUUUGUGGUGUUGCUCAGUUCAGUGAGUUAGAGACGCACUGCAGAAACACAAACUUGACUAAAACUUAAAGCUGAGACGCCAAAGAAUGCCUGGAGAUGUUUUACCAUGGUGUGCAUGGAUGUGUGCGGAUGCGUGCGCGUGCGUGCGCGUGCUUGCGUGGGUGUAUGCGGGUGUGAGCGGUUGCGCGUGUAUGUAUGCUUACUUUUAUAAUUCUAUGCUGUGCGUUAUGUUCCAGUUAGAUUUUUUUUAUACUUUUGUGAGCUCGUGCCUUUCAUGGAGGACUAGAACUGUAGUUUAGAUGCAGCGUUAGUGUCAUUUAUAGGUACUUUCUACUCGCAUUCAUAUUUUUGGCAGAAUUUUAUUUUUUUUUAUAUCACAAACUACAAUUGUAUGUCCCAUUUUAACUCAUGUAUUUUCCUUUUAUGGUUCAUGUAACGUAAAAACAUGUUUUUGAGGUUCUUAGUAAAUAUUAGUGUUAUUCAAAAAACAAAAGUAUUUUAAUUUACAGCAUAACUAAGCAGAAAAUAAACAGUUUUUUGCGGGUGAGACAA